UCCAACUGGUUAUCACCCGAUUUGACGUCUUUAGGCAAACCAUCGCCAGCCGUGACACUAGUGGACGGACUGCCCGAAGACCACAACCCGAUGACACAAUUGUCGCCCAUAUCUGCCAUGUCUUCGUUGAUAGGAAGCGAUGAGAUCAGAGAAAGACAACAAAAUUUGAUGAAAAUGAUCGAUAAGUGUUCAUAUGUUGGCCGCAAAUCAAACCUCGUCUUAAUAAGCGGUUCCAGUCGUCAACAUAUGGCCGACACUCGGAUCCCUUCCUCUCAAUUCAAACAGAACUCAGAAUUCAUUUAUUUGACGGGUUUUACGAGCACUCAGUCAUCCGAUUGUGUUCUCGCACUCAUCGGUGGUAAUGGAGAACCUCUUCAGUCCAUACUUUUUGCUCCGUUUGAAGACUCUGUCCAUCAGUUAUGGGACGGAAACGAUAUGAGAGAGCAUUCCGUUUGGAUUAACAGUAUUUGCGAUGAAUUAAGAGAUUUGUCGAAAUUGAAUGAAUUGAUUGUCUCAGAGAUACCACACAAACAGCUGUUUGUCUCCAGAUCUGGUUUAAACCAAUCCAAUGGCAAUAAUAGUGAAAAUUGUGAUAAAUUGAGUCCUCGUUUAACUACUCAUUUGAAUCUCAACACAAACACAUCCAUACAUAGAGUGUCGCCAUUUUUGGAUCAGUUAAGAGCCGUUAAAUCAAAGGCUGAAUGCAAUGCAAUGCGAAGAGUGUGUGAUAUCGGCUCUCAAGCGAUACUAAACUCAAUGGUUUGGACCAAACAGUUGUCAGAACACAGUCUCGUCAAUGAAUCCCAAAUUGCGGCCAAAUUUGAGUUCGAGUCUCGAGUAAACGGCGCCCGAAAGAUAUCCUUUCCCACGGUUUGCGGUUCCGGCCAGAGGUCGACAAUCAUUCAUUACGGCGCUAACGACCAGUUCUGUGCCACCGAUGACUGGGUCUUAAUGGACGCGGGAUGUGAGGACGUGGACGGCUAUAACAGUGACAUCACCAGAACGUGGCCUAUAAAUGGCAACUUCGGCACCAAUAGACUCCGCAACGAUCUAUACGAAGCUCUAUGUGAAGUUCAGUCCGACCUCAUCGCUGCCGUGUCCUCCGAUUCAAUGAUGACACUCGACCUCCUCUUUAAACUCAUGUGUGAUUUAUUGGGCAAAGUUUUGCUGGAAUUUAACGUUUUGAAUACAACGGUCUCCGCACAAGAAGCCGCUUCUCUGGCCCAUCGUUUCUGUCCGCAUCACGUCUCACACUAUUUGGGACUUGAUAUCCACGACUGCCCAUCGGUUUCCCGAAAUACUAUACUAAAAGCUGGCCAUUGCUUUACUGUAGAGCCGGGCCUUUAUUUCCAUAGAAAUCAAACGCUAAUAAAACCCGAAUUUAAAGGCAUAGGAAUGCGUGUUGAGGACGACCUACUGAUCAACAGCGAGGGACAGAUCGAGGUGUUGAGUAAGGGUUGUCCUCACAAACCGAAUCUCAUUUAAUUUAUUGAUUGAUUGUUUAAAAAUGAAGUAUUAGUUAAAAGUAUUU